AGGAGAAAGAAGGGAGGAGGGAGCAAGGAGGAGGGCGCAGGAGAAGGGACCCGGGCGGCUGGAGGUGGCAGGCCCGGCCCGGUCGCUGCGCCCUCCCGGGGCGGCUCCUCCACCAGCCGGUCCCCGCCGCGCCUCCUCCAGCCCGCAGCUCGCCCGCGUCCUGCCCGCCCCGCGCCUCUGCUCCCGGGCUCCGGCCCCGGCUCCGCGCCGGGAGAGAUGAGUGCGGCCGCGGCGCCCGAGCGCGGCUGGAAGAGCGAGAAAGUGGACGAGGCCCAGGCCCUGGCGCGGAGCUGCGCCGCCCGCAGACCCGACUUCCAGCCGUGCGACGGGCUGUCCAUCUGUGCCACGCACAGCCACGGCAAGUGCUUCAAGCUGCACUGGUGCGACAUGUCACCUGGGAUGGUGUCACUAUCAGUGUAUUUUUCACCUUCAUCAAGAAAACUUCUCUUCACAACACAAGGAGACUAUUAGAGAAAUUCACAAGCAAUAAAAAUGCAGAAUUAUAGAGCUCAGUCCCAGUGGAUGCGUCUACAAAACAUUCCUGCACGUAAGGCUCCGGGAACAUUGUGGAAGAGGAAGUGGAAAGUUGUAAGAGCCAGAGGAUCAGGGAGUUUGCUGUGGGACUGUGUCUCCUAGUCAUGUCUGGCCAGCAUGACUGUCCGAACGUGAGCUGAACAAGGAUGACACCAACGGACAUGACAAUCUAGAUAGAGAACCCACGAGGCCGCAACCCUACA